AUGCCGUUCAUCAUCGAAUCUGCAUGGCAGUACCUGAUUACAAAUUUCAGUGACUUUCAAUUGGCAUGUUUCGGAACUUUCUUUCUGCAUGAAACUGUUUUCUUUUUAUUUGGGCUUCCAUUUAUUUGGCUUGAGAGGACAGGAUGGCUCUCAAACUACAAAAUUCAGGCAAAAAUUAACAGCCCUGAAACUAAGGAGAGAUGUAUUAUUCGCUUAUUGGUGUUACAUUUUGGAGUCAAUCUACCUGCGAUGAUUUUUUCAUAUCCUGUUUUCAAAUACAUGGGCAUGCAUAGUAGCCUUCCUCUGCCGUCCUGGAGAGUAGUUUUAACGCAGAUAAUAUUUUACUUCAUUUUGGAGGAUUUUUUAUUCUACUGGGAACAUAGGAUAAUGCACACAAAAUGGUUGUACAAACACGUACAUAGAGUUCAUCACGAGUAUGCCACACCAUUUGGACUGACUUCUGAAUAUGGUCAUCCUGCGGAGAUUUUAUUCCUUGGAUUUCCGACCAUGCUUGGUCCUGCUAUCACUGGUCCUCACUUGAUUACUCUUUGGCUAUAUACGGUUCUUAGAGUCCUCGAGACAGUUGAGGCACAUUGCGGUUAUCAUUUCCCAUGGAGCCCCUCAAACUUCUUACCACUUUAUGGAGGUUUCGGUUAUUUUGAUUAUUUCUCUAUAGUUAAAAUUUAUAUCUCCAUUUCCAGAGCCGAUUUUCAUGACUAUCAUCAUCGUGUGUUGUACACCAAGUCUGGAAACUAUUCAUCAACCUUUACAUACAUGGACCGGAUAUUUGGAACUGAUAUAGGAUACAGAAAGUUGAAAGCAUUAAAGAACACUGGAGUUGAAUACAGUAGCGAACAAAGGAAACAGUGAGGAAGGGAACAAAUUGUAGAUAUCUAGAACCAUUGAAAAGGUUGAUUACCAAACUUUAAGGGAAAUUUUGAAAAUUGUCUUGUCUUGUUGUGUAAUUUGGUAGCUGUUAUUGUCGACAACAUAUGGAUUGUUUUGGACAUGCAUGCCCUUUAAUCUAGAAAAGUUUAUUGUGCAUCUAUUUUGUUGAUUACAAUUCUUUCUUGGCAAACAGUGACUAUUUUGGAUUUAAACCAGUUGAAUGAAAUGAAAGAGACGAUUCAUAUGCA